GCUCCGUUCUGGUUCUUGCAGCCGUCAUCUAAAAUCUGGCUGUUCCAUGCUCAACGAACUCAGGACGCACACACACUCAGACACCUGGUGCAGCAUAAGUGUACUGGCCGAGAGAUGUGACGAGACAGUCAGCCAAACGCAUAGACGGAGUGCGAAGUCAGAGUGGUGAGAGAGAUCGCGAGUGUGCGUGUCAGGCAGUCGUCGGCAGAAUUGAGAGUAACAGCAAGUGAGCGCCUCGUCUCGAACAACUGCAUAACAAGCGUGGUGCAAACAGUGUGUAGAAACCGCUCGUAGUCUUGAGUUACGUUGCGAGAGCAAAGGGCGCGCGCAAUGAAGCAGCCAAGCCGGAGCUGGUCGAUGUCGCCGAUCAUCGUGCCGGGACGUCACUGCUAGGAGAGGUUGCACUGAUAUCUUCGUCAGAUAGAGCUCGGAGAGAGAUGGGAGUCGAGCAAAAUGGCAGAGGCAGCGCGGAUGUUUUUGUUCCUGUUUAAAUCCAAGUACCGGCGGAAACGAGGCCGAGGCGGAGACGAUGCUCUCUCGCGGCUGGCACUGUUGGCCGUCAUCUGGGCGACGCUUCUUCGUUGCGCCGCGCCCCUCGAGAGCUCGCAAUUGGCCGCCGCAGCGGCCGCUACUGCCUCUUCUUCGUCGCCGCAGGGCCCACUGGCCACCGUUGCCAAUGCCUCCUCCACGUGCCACGAGCCGGACAACUGUUUCAAUGGGCACUGCGUCAAUGGCAGCUGCCUGUGCAGGGAGGGUUGGCAAGGACCCAAUUGUCAAUACUGCGCCAGCAAAGUCAGGUUAUCGGAGCCAUCGGGCAGCAUCCAUGACGGCGUGGGCAACUACACCACGGACGUGAAGUGCUCGUGGCUGAUCGAGAGCCGUGCCAAUUCGAGCAUACGCAUGCACAUCGAGGAGUUCGCGACGGAGUGCGGCUGGGAUCACUUGUACAUCUUCGACGGCGACAGCGUGGAGGCGCCGUUGCUUGGCGUCUUCACGGGCCUCAUGCACAAGGACGACUACCACAUCAGACGGGUGCCCGAAGUUAUCGCGCGCUCGGGCAGCGCCCUGCUGCACUUUUACUCGGAUGUGGCUUACAACAUGAGCGGCUUCAAUAUCACGUACAAAAUCAACGCUUGUCCUAGCAGAGAUUCGCACGUGGACUGUUCGGGACAUGGAGUCUGCAUCGAGGGCGUGUGCACGUGCGACGCCACGUGGAUGGGCGAGGCCUGCGACGUUCCAGUCUGUCCCAACAACUGUUCGGCCCACAAGGGCCAGGGCAGGUGCAAUCAUCAGGGACACCGGUGCGACUGCGAGGCCGGAUACAGAGGAGCGGACUGCAAUCAAACGAGCGAGCAGGGCUAUUGGGACGCGAUCAACUAUAACGACCUGGCUCCUGAUGGCUCAGCGAGCCACUGUGCAAUCGUUUGGCAGGACUCGCUCUACAUUGUUGGCGGCGAGAGCUUUCAUCGAGCGAAGAUGAUCUACGUCUACGACUACAAUGGUAACGUGUGGGAGACUCCGAUAGUCUCCGGUCGCCAACCACUGCCACGCUACGGUCACUCGUGCGUUCUCUUCGGCGACAAGAUCUAUAUGUACGGCGGUGUGAUCGAGAAUUCAACGGUCACUAACGAGAUCUGGGCUUUCGACGUGUCAGCUAAGCUUUGGGAGAACGUCACCGUGCACGAUAACUGUAUCAACAAAACCAUGUGUGGACCUCUUAAGGUUGCCGGCCACACUGCUAAUUUAGUACAGAGCCAUGACAAAAAGGAGAAAAUGGUGGUGAUAUUCGGUCACUCGCCGCACUAUGGCUACCUAAAUACCGUCCAAGAGUACUAUUUUGGUGCACGCGAGUGGCAGAUUGUCGAGACCUACGGUUUCCCAGUAAAAGGCGGCUACGGUCACAGUUCAGCUCACGAUCCCGACACUAAUCUCAUUUACGUGUACGGAGGCUACGUCUCGGAAUCCUUAGCCACUCAGGUCCUUACUAACCGUCUAUAUUCUUAUCAUCCGAAUCGGCCACGAGAGUGGAGGUUGCUAACAUCAGCGCCAUCGGCAAGAUUCUUCCAUACGGCUGCGUUUGUCAGCAAAUCACUCAUGCUGAUAUUUGGUGGAAACACGCAUAACGAUACACUUCACUCGUACGGCGCAAGAUGUUAUUCCGCGGAUACAAUUGCUUACGAUGUUCUUUGUGAUACAUGGAGACCGUACAAUAUGCCUAAGGAGAUGGCCGACCUGUCGCGGUACGGACACAGUGCUACUGUGUUUGGAAAGUCAAUGUAUAUUUAUGGUGGAUUCGAUGGACAGAUGCUCUCGGACAUGCUCAGGUAUACGCCAGGCACCUGCGAGCAUUUGCGCAAUCAUAGUCAAUGCUUGAACUCCAAAAUAGGCCUUAAAUGCGUGUGGGACAAGAAGAAAAGCGAAUGUCUACCGAUUACGGCAAACUUACGGAACGUCAUCCUGUCCGACGACUAUAAUGACGAUCGUUAUAUGCGUUGUAUGGAUGACAUACCACCCCGUGGCAUGACUUCGCACAAGGAGCUAUGCAAGCAGCUGGCCGAUUGCGUAGCUUGCGUGCAGACGUCCUACAACUGUGUGUGGUGUGGCAAGAGCUGCUCGUAUGAGGUCUGCAGGAAUAUUGCCAACGCCCCCUCCCUUACCGGAAUCACCAAGCUCGAGAUGUGUGAUGCACAUAGCGGUGUCGAGUGUUACAUGCUGCACACGUGCCAGGCGUGCUCCAGUAAUCCCAAUUGCAUCUGGUCAUGGUCGGGCUCUGAUAGAUGCAAACCACUUUCCGAAAUCGCUAUUGCAAACGCAAACAAUACUAUUCCGCCGCAACGCUCGCCGGUGGAUAUCUGUCGUAGUCCUUGCGUGGAGUACACUUCGUGUCGCAAUUGCACCGAGACCGAGUGCAUCUGGUGUCAAAAUGAAGAAAGGUGUGUUGACAAAAAUGCUUACCCGGCAAGCUUUCCUUACGGACAAUGUCGCGAGUGGACGACAGCACAUGAAAAGUGUCGCAACACGAGAAAUCCCAACGAGUGGUGUAUUUCGCACAACUCUUGUGCCAACUGCCGAGCAGAUCCUGCGUGUGGGUGGUGCGACGAUGGCUCAGGUACUGGUCGAGGAAAAUGUUUGCCGGGAGGUGCUCGACAGCCGAGUCAUAGAAGUCCAGAGAGCUGUCCUCUCGAUAGAUGGUACUUUACCGAAUGCCCAUCUUGUCAAUGCAACGGUCAUAGCACGUGCUAUCCCAAUAGCAGCGAGUGCAUUCAACCGUGUAAUGAUCUGACGCAAGGACUUCACUGUGAAAGAUGUAAACAUGGCUUUUAUGGUAAUCCACUGAAUGGAGCUACAUGUCAACCUUGCUCGUGUAAUGAGCAAGCCACUAACUGUACUAGUGAGACUGGAAAAUGUUUCUGUACAACGAAAGGUAUUAUAGGUGAUCACUGUGAAAGGUGCGAUGUGAGUGGACUUUAUCAUGGUGAUCCAACACAUGGAGGAUCAUGUUUUUACGAUCUAGCUAUAGAUUAUCAAUUUACGUUCAAUUUAAGUAAAAAGGAAGACCGACACUAUCGAGCGAUAAACUUUAAGAACUCUCCACCAAAACCUGACGUAGACGCUGACUUUUCUAUAACGUGUUCCGUCAUCGCCAGAAUGAAUAUAACCAUCAAGAGGUCAAACAGUCCAGAAAAACCCUUACUUCUUGGAGCUAACUGUACUAAUUUGACGUAUAAGCAUCGUUUCAGCAAAGCGGACUACAAUUUCGGAAACGAGGACAACAAUACUCUGACAACUUUCUUUGUUUACGUUUAUGACUUCCAGCCACCGCUGUGGAUCCAAAUCUCGUUUUCCCAGUAUUCUAAGCUCAAUUUGCAGCAGUUUUUUAUAACUUUUUCUACGUGCUUCCUAGCUUUGUUGCUGGUAGCUGCGGUUCUCUGGAAAAUUAAACAAAAGUAUGAUAUGUAUCGGCGAAGACAACGAUUAUUUGUCGAAAUGCAACAAAUGGCUAAUCGUGCGUUCAGCCAAGUGCUUGUAGAAAUUGAGAGACGGGACAUAAGUACUACCGAAACUGAUAACAGUGAUACUGAAGCUAAUAAUACUCGAAAAAAGAAAAAGAAAAAAGAUGCUCCAAGUCCAAUAGCUCUCGAACCUUGCUGUGGCAACAGAGCAGCAGUUUUAUCAUUACUAGUCAGACUGCCGACAGGCGGUGAGCCGUAUACUCCAGCGGGUCAGAGCGCCGGCCUUGCGGUAGCCUCGGCCUUGGUAACUCUUGGGAGUCCCCGUCGGCCCUCACAAGAACUCACCAUCAAGGAGCCCAAAAAGUCUCGAAAAUCCAGCAGUCAGCAUCCGGAGUCAACGUGCAUUUAACGGUGAAUCAUGGAGAGAACGAGUCUCAUUUAGGCCUUUGAACUUUGCAAGUUCACAUACUCAUCACGCGUUUCUCGAACCGUCGAGUGACUCUUCUGUCAUUUAUGGUCUCCUUCGUACGGAGUAUCGCUUUUCUUUCAUUCUGUUCUUUUAUACUUUUGUUUUAUUGUCAUUCCUGGUACUUAGGUCCAUUAAUCUCGUGGUACAAGACUGAAUAAACUUUAGACUUCUCCCCCUGAUCUUGAUGAUAUACGUAACCGAUAGUAUACGUAGAUAUAUCGAACAGAAACUAAUUUAAUGAUUGAUUUGAGCACAAUCGGAUAAAUAACGUUUCGUUUAAAAUUAUACCUUCUAAAAUAGUUUUUUUAACAACAUUGUUCAGUAGUCGAUAGUCGCGGAGGAGAAGAGCCAAAAGUGAUCUGUACAAAGAUAAAACGACGAAGUUGAGGAAAUCACGGCGCGAGAUUGUAUAGAUUUUGUAAAUAUAGUUACUUAUCGAAUGUCGAAACAUUUUUUAUUAUGCAAGGGAGGCAGAUUUUUUAAUUAAUAUACAAAGCUACUGACGUGAAUCGCGAGUCUUCUGUAUUGGUAAGAGUUACUAAAUUUGAUAGUGCGAUUUCAUGACCUUUGUAAAAUCGAUUCAAAUUUUCAAGAAAGCAAUUUUGCAUGAUUAGUUGAUAAUUCAUAACACUAAAUUCAAACAGAUAAUUACAUUUUCAAUACUCGUGCUUCGACGAUUUGUAUAUAUUUCUACAUAGUUUUAUGCCAAGUUAGAGUCGACAACGACUAUAAUAAUAUAAAGGAGCAAUUAAAAUCGGUGAAAGAUAUAGUUGUAAAAAAUAAGUGUAAAUUUUAAAUAAGAGAUAAUGAUAACAAGAAGUACAGUCAUCUUAUAUUCGUUUCAAAUAAUCCAUUCAAACUUUUCUUUUUUUGAAAUUUCUCUUUUUGUAAAAUUUUAAUUUCUACAUCAGUGCUUUAAAUUAUUUCCUAUUUUUGUAAAAUAAAUGUUUUCUAUUCAGAUUUAAUUCAUUAUGAAUGAUAUUAUAUUAAAUGUAUUUUAUAGAAUCUCUUUCAAUAAAUUAACCGAAAUAGGUAAUAUUCAGCACUGCUUCAUUGCUACAUGGAUAUAAUAUAAUUAAAAAUUAGAUUCAAUCGAGGCAGUGAUUAAUUAAUUAAUGAUUCGUAAAAAUAUAUAAACUGUUUUCUUCAAAUUCAAUUACUUAUAUAUGAAUUCUCUAGAAAACUUGGCUAACGUAUGAUCAUAAAUGAAAGCUGAUUGCAUUGAUUGGAAUAAUUAUAUUAAUUUGAAUAUUAUAUAAUUAAAUGAACGAAAAAAUUAAAUAUACACAAUAAUCAUUCCAGAAUUCGUAUAGCAUAUAAAAAAAAGGUUUUACAAUACUUAAAAUUUUUUAAUGAACUUCACGUGGUCAUCGUAAAACUAAGCACAUUAUUUUUCAUUAACAGUGUAUUCAGCUUAAUCUAGUCUAUAAUGGAAAAGUUGGAGUAGUGGAUGAUGUAUUAAAGGAAACGCGCGUGAUAGACUUUUGAAACGCAAGCUUCUUUAAAAUGCAAUUUGCCGUUAAAGUGCAGUAUUUUCUCAAUCCACGAUAUACUCGUCUUGCAAUUGCGAACAAACAGAAGCCUUUAUUUAUACAAGUUAUAAUUUAGUUUUAUUAUUGAAGAUCUGCAUUUUUUAAAUUAAACUGUUAAUUAUCAUUGCCGUUGCUCAAUCAGUAUAAUUUGAAAACAGUGCGGAAUUUAUUGUAAUAAGUUUUUAAACUUCUUAAAAUUGUAUGGUGAUAUUUUACUUUUAGAGUUUCGGUAGAUUUUUUUCUGAAACUUUAAAGAACCGUUAAUGAUAUUUGUAAUAAAUUAAGUGUACAGGAAUUAGUGCUAAUUAGUUUACAUGUACAAACAAAAUUUUACUGUUAUUAAAAAUCAAUUUUGUAAUCGAGGCAAUAUCUAAAGCAUUAAAAGAUUAUUAAAAUAACAUUAAGUGCAAUGCUUUUCCUUGUUUUGAAUAUGAAAAUCAAUCUCGACUGUAUCAAGACUGUCAAACGGCAUUUUGGCUAAAAGAAAGAGAAUGAACACGCUAUGUAGAAAAAUGUUCUUUGGCGACUGUAAGUUAGAGUGCAUGUGACAUACCAAGACGGCUGUAUUUUUAUGCUAGUUUCUUAAGUAAAAUUACAUGCGCUGUAUGAAUGUUGAGAGUUGCAUGACUAUUGAAAAACAUUGUAUUAUAAACUGAAGCAAAUAUUGUUUAA